UCGUAGGUAUAUCUUGAACCUUCCUCCCAACUUCUUCUCCUUCUCCGUCUUCAGUUCAUUUCAUCUUGUCUCGUUGUCGUUCACAAGGCUUCUCAUCAUGGAUUUCCGGAGACUCUCCAAAUUGCAGCCACAACAGGCGACCAACGCUUCGGAUCCUUUGAGCCUCACCGAGCUGCCGUCAAACAUCCUAGAUGCCUUGCUUCCCGGCUACAGUCUAAUCUCCAAAUACGCCCUGAGCGCACUCGGUCUGGACAUUUCCUUGUUCGUCUCCGUCGCCGUCAUCGCCCUGGCUAGCUUGAAAGGUGGGCAAUACCUUUACAACAAAGCAACAUCGGCGUUUCGUUACUUCCUCGUGUCGUCCGUCUACAUCGACGAGCACGACGAUCUGUUCGACAUGUUGAUGGACUGGCUCGCCACGACACACACGUCGUCUUCGCGCCGAUCGGUACGCGCAAAGACGACCCGGGCAAACGACGAGUUCGACGGCAUGGCCGACGAUGCUCUCGACAGCGAGGGCAUGUUCGACUACAACCGCUGGUCGGCACGCACACCGCCACGAUACGAGCCGUACUACGGCCGGCAUAUAAUCUGGCACAACGGCUCCGUAUUCUUCUUCCGCAGAUCGCAGAAGCAGACCGUCGGACAGAGCCUGCAAGUCCGCUGGGGCAAUUCAAGUGAAGACGAUAUUGUGCAACUCGAUUGUCUCGGGCGCUCAGUGGAGCCCAUUCGACAACUACUGCGGACUGUCAAGAUAUGGUCAUUACAACGACAACGAAACAAGACCACCAUUCGCCACCCGACCGCCAAAGACCGCGCACGCUUCAGCGGCAGCUGGAGCAAGACGUUUGCUCGACCCUCGCGUCCGAUGGAUACCGUCAUUCUGGACGCGGAGCAGAAGAAUAUGAUCAUCAACGAUAUGAACGAGUACCUGCAUCCCCUGAGUCCGAAGUGGUACGCCACGCGCGGCAUUCCCUACCGACGAGGCUACCUCUUCCACGGCCCGCCUGGAACCGGAAAGACGAGUUUGAGCUUUGCAUUGGCGGGAAUCUUUGGGCUGGAGAUCUAUGUCAUCAGCUUGCAGGAGCCCACUUUGUCUGAAGGUGAUCUGAUGCAGCUGUUCAAUGGACUACCGAAACGGUGUAUCGUUCUUCUCGAAGACGUCGACGCUGCUGGGCUGAUUCGAGAUGGCAGGAGUGAUGCCGAACCAAGCGAUGCGAAGGCAAAGUCGAAACGAGGCGGCAAGACUGCACCAGAAGCAGAGCAGCCUGCAAAGGACGCUUCCGCGACUGAGACCAAGGAAACGAAGCCUGCCGAAACCGAUUACACGCUCAAAGAUCUCGCUCGCGAGCUCAAGUCGAUUAGCAGCUCGAAAGGAUCCGAGAGGACGAGAGAUGCUCCCAAUCGACAGCCAGGCACGGGAAUCUCGCUCUCCGGAUUACUCAACGCCAUUGACGGUGUAGCCUCACAUGAAGGUCGUGUGCUGAUCAUGACCACGAACCACCCGGAAAAGCUGGACGCCGCUCUCGUGAGGCCCGGGAGAGUGGAUAGACGAGUCAAAUUCGCGCUGGCGAAGAAGCCGCAAAUCGAAGAGCUCUUUUACCGGAUGUACGUGUCUAGCGAGACACCUUCCGCCACCAAUGGACACGUUUCCGAGAAGCAGGUAAACGGGCACGCCAAUGGCAAUGUUACUUCCAAACCGUCUAAGACGGUGGCUGUCGAUGAUGAUCUCGACGACCUGGCUAGGAAGUUUGCUUCACACAUUCCGGACGAUACUUUUACGCCGGCGGAGAUUCAGAAUCACUUGAUGCGGUACAAGGAUGAGCCGAGGGUGGCAUUGGAGAAGGUUGACGAGUGGAUGAAAGAGGCUAUGAGUGAGAAGCAGGAUAUCGAGGAUGCGGAGAAUGGGAGCAGUACAGAAGACUAAUCGCGCGCACGACCGACGGACGAUGUUACGAUCCUUGAUGAAGCCGUAGUCAGAAAGAAACAGAUAUCAUGCUUUUCGUCGAGCGGGAGGUCUUUC